AUGGCCAAGCUCAUGGCAUUUAUUCGCCAGCUGGCUGCUCAGCAGCAACAGUUCCAACAGCAACUACAACAGCAGCAGCAGCAACCAACACCUGGGUCCGCAACACCUGUCAAAACAGAGCCAACGUUGCCUACAGUUACGAAUGGAAGCACCACCAAUGGAUCACAGUCAUCGGAGACAGUCACGGCGGUAGUGUCAGCAGAGCAGUCACAGCAGACCAAGGAGCCUGCAGUCCCGCCACCGCAGUUUUCACAGGCCGAUAUCGCCACACUGCGCAAACAGAUCCAUGCGUUCAGGCUUGUUUCAAAGAACCAGCCCCUGCCGCCGCAGCUGCGCCAGGAGCUCGGCUCCUUGACACGCCUCCAGAGGGACUCGAUAGCGUUGCCGGCGGUGUUGUCAGCUCAGUGCACUCGAAUCUUAAAGCUAACGGAACGAAUGUCUCAGGCUUCAAGGUCGAGCUCCUACUGCCGCCCUUGCCCCAGCCGAAUAAACUUUGUCUCGCCGCACCAGCUCCUCAAGGAGAAGCUUCACGGCGGAGAGCAGGCUGCUCAGCUGCAGCGGCUUCUGGUUCCCAGCAUCACGCCCAUUGGCAUUGAUGUGCGAGCAAUGGCCCAGGAACGCGAGCGCAGACGCGAUGCGCGCAUCGAGUACCGGAUCAAGGAGCUGUCGGAGAUGCCUGCCAACAUCAGCGACGACCGCAUCGACAUUGCCCAGGAGGGCGGUCUGUUUAUGCGGCCGGGCCUGAUCACCAAUGCCGAGUCGAGUGCUCGGUUAAAAUCAAUCAUUGAACUCAAGGCGCUAGGCCUGCGGCACAAGCAGCGUGAGCUCCGGGCCGAGGUCGUCCGCGGAAUCACUCGUGCCUCGCAGCUUGGUGUGGCCGGCGAUCGCACAGCACUGCGUCGCAUGAAGAAGCAGUCGCAGCGCGAAGCCCGGCUGACCGAAAAGAUGGAGCGGCAGCAGAGGCAGGAGCGCGAGCGCCGCGAGGUCGACCAGCACCGGCAGCAGCUCUUGGCCAUGACCAACCAUGGCGCGAACCUUGUUGCGUGGCACAAGGGCCACCAGCAGCGCAUGUCAAAGCUCGGCCGAUCGAUCCUGACAUUCCACUCGCACGCAGAGCGCGAGGAGCAGAAGCGCAAGGAGCGCAUUGCCCGCGAGCGUAUCCAGGCUCUCAAGGCCGGUGACGAAGAGGCGUACCUGAAGCUCGUCGACAAGGAGAAGGACACGCGUAUCUCGCACCUGCUGGAGCAGACCGACCAGUUCCUCAGCUCGCUCAUCGACGCCGUGGGCCAGCAGAAGGCAUCGGAUGACGAUCCGGACGAUGCGCAGACCCGCGACUACUUUGCAGUCGCCCAUCGCGUCAAGGAGCCUAUCGUGGCACAGCCCUCCAUCCUGAUCGGCGGCCAGCUGAAGGACUACCAGCUGCGGGGACUGAACGGUAUCCUGGCUGACGAGAUGGGUCUCGGAAAGACCAUCCAGACCAUCUCGCUGGUGACAUACCUGAUUGAGAAGAAGCAGCAGGAUGGCCCGUUCCUGAUCAUUGUGCCGCUGUCGACCAUCACCAACUGGAUCCUCGAGUUUGCCAAGUGGGCGCCGUCGGUGUCAGUCAUUGGAUACAAGGGCAACCCCACACAGCGCCGCACGCUGCAGAACCAGAUCCGCCGUGGAGCCUUCCAGGCCAAGAUCAAGUGGAUCCACAUGAUUAUUGACGAGGGCCAUCGCCUGAAGAACACACAGUCGAAGCUGGCGACUAUUCUGACCACGUACUAUAACACGCGGUACCGCCUGAUUCUGACCGGAACGCCGCUGCAGAACAACCUGCCUGAGCUGUGGGCAUUGCUCAACUUUGUCCUGCCGCGCGUGUUUUCAUCGGUGCAGAGCUUUGACGAGUGGUUCAACACGCCGUUUGCCGGCGCUGGAGGACAGGACAAGAUCGAGCUGAACGAGGAAGAGCAGCUUCUGAUUAUCAAGCGUCUGCACAAGGUGCUGCGCCCAUUCCUGCUGCGCCGCAUGAAGAAGGACGUCGAGGUCGAUCUGCCCGACAAGGUCGAGCACGUCAUCAAGUGCAGCAUGUCGGCCGUGCAGUCGCGGCUGUACCACCAGAUGCGCAAGUUUGGCACGCUGUUCCCUGGCGUCAGCAUUGACAAGCCUGGCGCCUCAACAACUAUGAUCAUGCAGCUGCGCAAGAUCUGCAACCACCCGUUCGUCUACGACGAAGUGGAGGCGCGCAUCAACCCGACGCGCACCAACAACAACCUUGCUUUUGAGCUGCUGGACCGCGUGCUGGCCAAGCUGCUGGCUACCAACCACAAGGUGCUUAUCUUCUUCCAGAUGACCCAGAUCAUGACGAUCAUGGAGGACUUUUUGACCUGGCGCGGCAUCCGCUCGCUGCGUCUCGACGGUUCGACGUCUGACGAUGCGCGCCGUGAGCAGAUGCACACUACGCGUGCUGGUGGCCAGGGUCUCAAUCUGCAGACCGCCGAUACGGUCGUCAUCUUCGACUCUGACUGGAACCCGUCGGCGGAUAGCCAGGCUAUGGACCGUGCGCAUCGCAUUGGGCAGAAGAACGAGGUGCGUAUUCUGCGGCUGAUCACGACCAACUCUGUGGAAGAGAAGAUCCUGGCGCGUGCCGAGCCGGGAAAGUUUGACCAGAAGAGUACGGCUGAGGAGCGCGAACACUUUUUGCGGUCGCUGCUCAAGGCGGACGACAACAGCGAGGACAGUGAAGGCGAGGACGGAGCCAACACCGAUGAGGACCUCAACGAGCUGUUGGCCCGCAGUGACGAGGAACGGGUCAUCUUUGCUCGCAUGGACGAGGAGCGGCGGGCGCAAGAGAAGGACUGCCUGAGCGGCUGUUCACUGAUGCCGAACUGCCCUGAAGAGUACCGGCACGACUACGACCCAGAGCUGGAGCGGCAGCGCAAGGAAGAAGAGGCGGUCAAGGACAAGGCGCGCAACAGCAGGCGCGUGUACUACGACGACGGCCUGUCCGAGGAGCAGUGGCUCGAUGCGCUGGAAGACGACAAUAAGCGCGAGAAGGAGGAGCGCGCCCGCAAGCGCAAGGAGGAGAAGCUGCUACAGCAACACCUGCGCAGCAAGAUCGGCGACAUCGACAGCGUAUCUGUUGGCGACGACAACGAUGUGCCGUCCGAGGGAGCUAGCGAUACCGGCAGUGCCGCACGCAACCCUCGCAAGCGCGGCCGUCCUCGCCGUAGCGGCAGCGGCACCAGCACCAUGGCACAGACGCCCAGCGGCAGCGGCACAGCAAUCGACGAGACUGGCGACGUUGUGAUGGCCGAGUCAGGAGACGCGACACCCAGCUCCGGCGGCAGGAGUCGCAGCGGGCGCAAGCGGGCGAAGCUGGAUGACGAUGCCACUGGGUCCAGCACACCUGCCGGGGCAGCGACGCCGUCUGGGGGCAGUCGCAAGGGCCGGCGCAAGGGAGGUGCAGUCGAUCCUUUGGCGGCAGAGGAGCGUGCCCAACUCAACGGCGUCUUCGAAGCCUCGUUCAAGGCUGUGGAGGCGUGCAUCGACCCCGAAUACCAGCGUCGGCGCUGCGACCUGUUCCUGGAGGUGCCCAGCAAGCGGGACUACCCGGACUACUAUAUGAUCAUCCGCCACCCAAUUGCCAUGAAAAACAUCCGCAAGAAGGUCAGGUCGGCGCACUACCUGACAGUCGAGGACUUCCACAAGGACUGGAAGCUGAUGUUUGACAAUGCGCGCACAGAUGCGUGCGAGAUGCAGAAAGCGACUGGAGGACACGCUGGAGAAGAUGACCGGCCAGAACUACCACACGCCGAUCGGCACCCAGUCGCCGCUGCCUGCUGUGUUCAACCUGGCUCUUCAGCAGCAGCAAGCGCCACCGCUGGUGAACCAGGCGUCGCCAACAAUGUCGAGCCACGGCGGAUUCGCAACCCCUGA